AUGCCAGCCAGGGAAGACCAGAAAAGCGAGCAAGAGGAGACAAUAGAGGUUCUCUACCCGAGCUCCAGAUGCAGCUUCGCGCUUUCGUCCCCGGACACGAAGGUCUCAGUGCGUCUCCGUGACGCUCCUGGACUUCGUGGGAGCUGCGCUGUCACUGCCAGUCGGAGCCUGCUGUUGUCCCAGGACUUCGGCGACUUCUCUCAGAAAGCUGCGAAACUGAUCCGAAGGGAAGAGGCAGCAGCCAGAAAGGAAUCCGCUUUGAGGCGCGCACGAAAGCAGGAGAUCAGCCAGCAGCUGUAUGAGGAAGUAAAGCGCGCAGCGAUCAGGAACCAAAGAAAGAUGUUCAUCUGCACAUCCCUCAUAAUCUCAGUGUUGUUGGGUCUUAUCAUAUUCGGCACUGCGGCAGUCCACCGCGACGUGCAGCUGCUGAUGUUCGACGGCCCCCAGGGCCCAGAGGCCUCGGGUUUCGCCGCUGCGGUCGUGGUUGUGUGGUGCCUGGCCAUGGGCUGUGUGAGCGUUCUCCGGGCCGCGGCGGACGACGCCACUGCCUCGCAGCUGCAGGCCGCGGUGCGAGCAGCACACCCCGAGCUGCACAGCUACGAGGAGCAGGGCGCCGGCAUCGCCGUCCAAGUAGACUUUGAGAAUGAUUCUGAGAAUCAGGACUCUCGAGUUUGGAUUUUUGGCAUCUUCUACGGCGCGCCUCCCUUCGUGGGCUUCUUCUGUGCGUAUCUAAUCUCCUCCCGGCUCUCAGAGGAUGGCCAUACGCUGGCCAUGCUCAUCAUCUGGUCUCCGGCCAUGGUUCUUGUCUGCUUCGUGCUCUGCUCCAUGUGCGUGAAUGGUCUUGCGAAGUGCCGCAGCGGCUUUGACUCUGCCAAGGCAAUCUCUGCCAUGAUCCAGCCUGCGAAGGAGGACUUGAACCAAGCGGUGUUGCAGACCAACCAGAGGACCAUCGUCUUCGAAGGCAACGUCCUCCCGGGCCGUCACACCGUGUCCUCCUGGCCAGGGAAGUACGAAUCCGCCUGGGAUUCGCUGGUUGCUGGAGCUCGCAAUGAUGACAUCAGCGCAGCCGUGGUGUUCUUGCCAGAGGGUUCCGAGCACUUUGGGCUGCACGACCCCAUUCCCAGCACCAUGGACCUCUGCGACUUAAGUGGCGGAUGCUGGUGCGUGCCCCUCUAUGGCGAACCCAAGCCCUGGGGUUGCCGAUGGUGGUCUCGUUGGAUCGCCAACAUAGAGAAGGCGGUCCAGCUGGGGGCCACCCUCGAGGUCUACUUCUUCGAUGGGAAGAAAGGCCAAGGGAAAGUCGCAGACUUCACAGCAGCUGGCGCCGAGCACCUACGAAGGGAGCAGAUCUUCCGGCGGAAGGCAGACUUUGGGAAGUCAGAGGGUUUCCUCAGAGCACUGAGUGAUGGCCUCGACCACCUCUCCAAGGAGAGAGGUCCAGAUGGCUCAUCACCCUUUUCGCGAGAGGAGCAUCGGCUCUUUCUGGCGUGGCUACCGGAGGAGGAACGCCAAUUUCUAGACCACUCGGAGGGCUUAGGAAACUCACAGAAAGCGGAAGUGGCCUGGCUGGAGCGCAAAGGCUAUCAUUACCUCGAAAAAGAAGUCAGCGAACUUGCCGACUCGUCGCCGACGGCGAUGGGAUGA